CCCCGGUAAGCGAGAGCACACCGGAAGCGGCCUCAAAAAUCCAACAUGGCGGCCACCUGGUGCUUGCUCUGGACCUUGAGGAGAGUCGGAUCCCGGCUGCCUCUGCUGCCUGCAAGCUGCCCUCGAAGUGCUCUAAACAAGCAAGUAUAUGGCGCCGAGUUCCACAGCAUCUACAGUCUGGACAAACUCUACCCCGAGUCCAAGGGAUCGGACACUGCCUGGAAAAUUCCGGAUGAUGCCAAGCAGGCCUGCAAUGAUAUCCCUGUGGACCGCUUGAUGAUAUCUUAUUGUCGGAGCAGUGGUCCUGGGGGCCAGAAUGUUAACAAAGUAAAUUCAAAGGCUGAGGUCAGGUUCCAUUUGGCGACUGCCGAUUGGAUCGCAGAGCCCGUGCGGCAGAAGAUUGCCCUCACGCAUAAAAAUAAGAUCAACAAGUCAGGAGAGUUGAUCAUCACCUCUGAAAGCAGCCGAUACCAGUUCCGGAAUCUGGCAGAUUGCCUACAGAAAAUUCGAGACAUGAUUGCCGAGGCCAGUCAGCCGGCCAAGGAGCCAUCCAAAGAAGAUGCUCAGCUAAAGAGACUCAGAAAACAUGAAUCGGGAAAGGCUGAGACAGAAGAGGAUGCAUUCUGCCAUAAAGACAAGCAGGAGGGUAGAUGUGGACUGAAGGCACCUCCCGCAGCCGGCAAGGACCGCGAUUCAGGGCAUGGGGCAGCUGGAACAGAAGCAUAACACCACGAAGAGAUUUCUUUUUUUCAUUUUUAUUUUUGCUGUUUAUGCUUGCCUGUAGCAUCAGGACCCUCACAGAAAUGUUCGAUGAGAAUGAGGGUUGCAGCUCUUCAUAGGUGAUCACCAUAUUGUCAGAUCCGAGUUACCCAUUGAAUGUCUCAUUACCAGCAAUAAACUUCGGAGCACAGCA